GCAUUUUUGACAGAUCAAAUCUCCCGAGACUGCAGCUCAGGUCUUGAAACGAGAGUUCUGCACGGCAGCGAUGAAGGGAGACGUUGCCAAAGCAGGCGUCCCCAAUGGCCAAGCCAAGGACCUGGUGCCCCAGUCGGAGGAGAAGAUGGAGGAGCGAGGCCAGUGGAGCAACAAGGUGGAGUUCAUCCUGUCGGUCGCCGGUUCCAUCAUCGGCCUUGGGAACAUGUGGCGAUUCCCCUACCUCUGCUACAAGAAUGGAGGAGGUGCAUUCCUCAUCCCCUACAUGAUCUUCCUGUUCACCUGUGGCGUCCCCGUCUUCUUCCUGGAGACGGCACUGGGCCAGUACACCAGCCAGGGAGGCAUAACCUGCUGGAGGAAGAUCAGUCCCUUGUUUGAAGGUCUGGGCUAUGGCACCCAGGUGAUAGUGACUCUGCUGAACUUCUACUACAUCAUCGUUCUCGCCUGGGGCAUUUUCUACCUGUCCUUCUGCUUCUCCUGGGACCUGGCCUGGUCGUCCUGCAACAACACAUGGAACACAGAAAACUGUAUGGAGUUUCAUAAGAGAAACACGUCAUCGAACCUCAUCAACCAGAACACCACUUCUCCUGUAUUAGAGUUCUGGGAGAGGAGAGCGCUGAGAAUUUCCCCCGGCAUCGACCAGAUGGGCUCUAUGAACUGGGACCUGGCCCUUUGUCUGUUCAUCGCCUGGGUCAUGUGCUACUUCUGCAUCUGGAAGGGGGUGAAAUCCACAGGAAAGGUGGUCUACUUUACUGCGACCUUCCCCUAUCUGAUGCUGAUCGUUCUGCUGAUCAGGGGGCUCACUCUGCCUGGUGCGGGGAUCGGCAUCCAGUUCUACCUUUACCCAGACCUGGGACGCCUGGCGGAUCCACAGGUGUGGAUGGAUGCCGGCACCCAGAUCUUCUUCUCCUAUGCCAUCUGUUUAGGGUCGCUGACAGCUCUGGGCAGCUACAACAAAUACAACAAUAACUGCUACAGAGACUGCCUCUCGCUGUGCUUCCUGAACAGCGGCACCAGUUUUGUGGCGGGCUUUGCGAUCUUCUCCAUCCUGGGUUUCAUGUCUUUUGAACAGAACGUCCCCAUCUCAGAAGUAGCAGAAUCUGGUCCUGGCCUUGCCUUCAUAGCUUACCCCCGAGCUGUCUCCAUGAUGCCCUUCUCUCCUCUGUGGGCCGCCCUCUUCUUCAUCAUGAUUGUGUUUCUGGGGCUGGACAGCCAGUUUGUUUGUGUUGAGAGCCUUGUGACGGCGAUCGUGGACAUGUACCCCGCUGUGUUCCGCCGCAAGAACCGCAGGGAGCUCUUCCUCUUGGUUGUUGCUUUCAUGUCCUUCCUCAUGGGCCUCAUCAUGCUGAUGGAGGGGGGCAUGUACAUCUUCCAGCUCUUUGACUACUAUGCAGCCAGUGGCAUGUGUCUGCUCUUCAUGUCCAUCUUUGAGACUGUCUGCAUUGCAUGGGUCUAUGGUGCAGAUCGCUUCUACGACAACAUUGAGGACAUGAUUGGGUACCGUCCAGGACCGUACAUCAAGUACUGUUGGUUGUACCUCACCCCGGCCACAUGCAUCGGUACCUUUGCCUUCUCCCUCAUCAAAUACACUCCCCUCAAGUACAACAAUGAGUAUGUGUACCCGUGGUGGGGCUACGCCAUCGGCUGGCUGCUUGCUCUGUCCUCCAUGGUGUGCAUCCCGCUCUGGAUGGUGUACAAGAUCAGCACGACUCAGGGGACGUUCAGAGAGCGCAUCCAGCUGCUCAUCACACCGUCUGAUGAUUUACCCAAAACCAAGAGGGAGCAGGAGAGGCUACUGGCCAUCUUUGCUCCUGAGGUGGACGCCACCAUGACUAAAAAUGGCUACUCCCCCGUCUCUGACAAAGACACCAGCGUAUGAGGCUCCACUGGUGAUACGUAUGGAAGAGACGCAUGGGUUUUUUGGCUCCAUCACUGCAGGGAAAGGUGCAACAAAGCGUCACAUCAUCUACUAUAAUUUGUGGAGGACUCAGGAGAUAAUAGGCUGACAGUGUUGGGUUUUGGCAGAGCCUGGCAUUUCAGGGAUAGCAGUAAUAUGAUAAAAGACUGAUACGGGAAGAGAGAUCAAAAAGUAGCUUUUCAUAUAUUGGAUCAUGUCGACGUUUUGGAGGGCUCAAGGGCAUUUUUUCAGGGACAAAAGUAAUUUGCUCUACUCAAACUGAAAUCCAUUAAAUGCUGGCAUAGAUAGUUCAGCUCUGCAUUUCAUAGAUGAUGUAAAUAACACAAUGCAAUGUUAGCUGAAAUUCAUGAGUCAGCCUUGUACAAUUUUAUAACAAACGUUUUAGUGUCACCUGUGGUUUCACGUGCCACUAAAGCUUUCAAAAAAAUGUAUGUGAAAUCAGUUAGAGUGCAGGUUACCAUUGUAAAAUGAAGUCUCCUUGUGUAUCUGUAACAUCACUUCAUGGCUUCUUAGUCAUAUUUGUAUCAUAUAUUGUAUUAUCAUAACUGAUUGUGGAGAUUUUUUUUUGUAUUUACGAGAAUUGAAAUAAAAUGUUGUAUUUUAAGUGAAUAGACUGUGAAAAUGUAGAAUGCCAGUGAAAAUUAUAAUUAUUACUCUGUAGAUGUGCAGUAGGUUGAGGACUAACAUGGUACAAACAGGGUAGUUUCAUAUAUUGUAUAAUAUGAAUCUUGUAAGUACAUUUUUAAAUAAAGAUGCCAAUUUACAUGUUGUGUUGAA